AUGGAACCACUUGACAUGGAAGUAGUUGAGUUGGAAGCAGUGGAGUUCGAAGGAGUUCCUUCUUGUGAGGUCAACACUGAUGACGUGGAUAAUAUGGACAAUAAUGUUCCAAAACUGCAGAUGUCUUUCGAUACAAUAGAACAGCCCAGUCAAAGAAACGAAUGCCCUGCUGGAAUCACAGUUUCUCUUAAAGAAGGAAGAUGGUAUGUAGGGACAGUUGUCACCGAACACAACGAUGACAUGUGUCCGAAGAACUCAAAUCUUAUUCGUGGUAAUCGAAAACUAAAUAUGCAUUCGAAGCACACUCUUACCAUGAAUGAUGAUGCUGGUGUGCGCAUUAACAAAAGCUUCAUAUCAUUGGUUAAUGAUGCUGGUGGAUAUGAAAACAUACAGUUCAUUGAACGUGACGCAAGAAAUUAUAUUCGGCAGCAGCGAAGGAGUUUUUGUAAGGAUGGAGAUGGGCAAACACUUCUAAAAUACUUUUCAAGAAUGAGAGAAUUGAACAACGAAUUCUUUUAUGAGAUGGAAAUGGACGAGCAUAACAGAAUUUGUAGUGUGUUUUGGGCUGAUGCACGCAGUCGUGCAGCUUGUGUAAAUUUUGGUUAUGUUGUCUCAUUCGACACAACCUACCUAACAAACAAAUAUGACAUGUCGUUUGCUCCAUUCGUUGGAGUUAAUCAUCAUGGUCAUUUGAUAUUACUUGGUUGUGCUUUGAUUUUAGCUGAGGACACUUCAACAUUCACAUGGCUAUUUACUUGUUGGCUUAGAUGUAUGUCUAACAAGCCUCCGAUUGCUAUCGUCACAGACCAAUGUAAGGCAAUGUCGAAUGCCAUAAAAGUUGUGUUUCCAACCACAAAUCAUCGUUGGUGCUUGUGCCACAUAAAGAAGAAAAUACCAGAAAAGUUACAAUCGUACAAAAAUUAUGGACUCAUGAAAAAUNAACUAAAGACUCUUGUGUAUGAGUCAUACGAAAAUUCCCUACGACAGAAGGCCCAAAAAGAAAAUGAAGCUGAUUUCGCGUCAUUGAAUUCCACAAUACCAUGUGGAUCUCAAUCUCUUAUUGAAAGACAAUAUCAAAUGGAGUACACACAGGCUAAAUUUGUGGAAGUUCAAAAGGAUAUCAGAUCAAGGAUGAAUUGCUUCAUUAAGAAUAUGUCCACAGAAGGUUGUAGGACUACAUACAAUGUCAAAGAAGAGUUCAUUUGGGAGGGGCAAUGUGGUUCAAAAUUCUAUGUUGUUGAUUAUGAUUCUCUCUCAACCGAUAUUCAUUGCAGUUGCAAACUUUUUGAGUUUAGAGGAAUCUUGUGUCGACAUUGCUUAUUGGUCCUAGGCCAGGAAGAUGUGCGUAAUGUACCAACAAAAUAUGUUUUACACCAUUGGAGUAGAAAUGUACGUAGAAGACACACUUUGAUAACAGCAUCUUACAACAACUACACUCAAGAACAUAAGAUGCCGAGAUACCAAACUUUGUGUAAAUGUUUCUAUGACAUCGCGGAGGAGGCAUGUCAUUCUGAGACUGCUUGA